GACUGAUUCACUGGCAGGUGGGACGGAGACUGUGUUUGUCAUGGUAGGCGGAGUGCACACUUGCCCAAAGGGGGAGGACCUUUAAAAGUUCUUAUAAAGUGUGCUGGAUGGAGUGAACGGUGAUCUGUGAUCUUCAUCUUUCACUGCGACCGCGCUGCAAUGGCACAGAACGGGACUAUAGAGAAUGGGCUCGCGUCCCCUCCGCCUCUGCCUCAACCUGUGAAAAUCCCUGAGAUUAAACACACUAAGAUUUUUAUCAAUAAUGAAUGGCACACGUCAAUCAAAGGAAAAAAGUUUCCUACGAUCAACCCCGCAACAGGUGUCAAAAUCUGCGAAGUCGAGGAGGCGGAUAAAGCUGAUGUGGAUGAGGCGGUGAGAGCUGCCAGAGCGGCCGGCCAGAGAGGCUCGGAGUGGCGGCGGAUGGACGCGUCGAGCCGCGGCCGGUUACUGCACAGACUCGCGGAUCUGCUGGAGCGAGAGCGCGCUGUGCUCGCGACUCUAGAGUCAAUGGACACUGGCAAACCCUUCCUGCAUGCGUUCUUUGUCGAUCUGGAUGGCAGCAUUAAGACCCUGAGAUAUUAUGCCGGCUGGACGGACAAGAUUCAUGGGAAAACCAUGCCGGUCGAUGAAAACUUUGUGUGUUUUACCAAACAUGAGCCCGUCGGUGUUUGCGGAGCAAUUAUUCCGUGGAACUUCCCUCUGCUGAUGUUUAUGUGGAAGAUCGCGCCGGCUUUGGCCUGCGGGAACACAGUGGUCAUUAAACCUGCUGAGCAGACUCCGCUGACGGCUCUUCACACCGGGGCGCUCAUAAAGGAGGCCGGUUUUCCACCUGGAGUCGUGAACAUCGUACCUGGGUUUGGACCAACAGCUGGAGCAGCGAUCGCCAGUCAUAUGAACAUUGACAAAGUGGCAUUUACAGGCUCCACAGAGGUGGGCCAGCUGAUCAAAGCGGCGGCGGCCAAGAGCAACCUGAAAAGAGUGACUCUGGAGCUGGGAGGGAAGAACCCCUGCAUUGUGUUUGCUGACUCAGACCUGCAGUCGGCGGUGGAAGAGACGCAGAAGGGAGCGUUCUUUAACCAGGGUCAGGCGUGCACCGCUGCGUCACGCAUUUACGUGGAAGAGCCGGUUUAUGACGAGUUUGUGCGUCUCAGUGUGGAAAGAGCCAAGAAUAUAGCGAUCGGAGACCCUCUGGAGCCACGAACCUCACACGGGCCCCAGAUCGACCAGCAUCAGUUUGAUAAGAUCCUGGAGCUGGUGGACAGUGGGAAGAAGGAGGGGGCGACGCUGGAAUGCGGGGGCUGUGCGGUGGAGGACCGAGGUCUGUUCAUCCAUCCCACCAUCUUCUCCGAUGUCAAAGACCACAUGCGUAUCGCCAAAGAAGAGAUCUUCGGGCCGGUUCAGUGCAUCAUGAAGUUUAAGACGCUGGAGGAGGUGAUCGACAGAGCCAACGGCUCACAGUACGGCCUGACGGCGGCCGUCUUCACACGAGACAUCCACCGCGCCAUGAGCACGUCUGCGGCGCUGGAGGCUGGAACCGUCUGGGUGAACUGCUACAACGCUUUACAUGCUCAAGCUCCGUUCGGAGGAUACAAGAUGUCAGGAAACGGCCGAGAGCUGGGUGAGUAUGCGUUGGCGGAGUACACCGAGGUCAAAGCCAUCACUAUGAAGCUCAGCGAGCAGCUGACACUGUGAUCUGAAGCCCAUCUGUCAAUCAACGCAUGAAGAAACUCUUUACCAUCAGUCUCACUGCAGCUCCUCUCUGUUUAUUUCAUGUUACAUGCUGUACAGCUUAAAAAAAAGAAAGUUUUGUUUUUAUUUUUAUUUAAUUUGGAUGUUUUAAUAUCAAGCAAAGUCAUUCAUCAUCUCUCAAUAUUUACUAAUAUAAAGAUAUAUAUAAAUCCAUGUUGUUGAAGUACAUAUGCUUUAUGUAGUUUUAUUGCUAUAGAUUCACUCACUCUCAGAAAUAAAGGUACAAAAGCUGUCACUGGGGCGGUACCUUUUCAAAAGGUACACUUAUUAGGUUCAAAUAUGUACCUUUAAGGUACCAAAAUGGACCCUUUAGGUACAACCAUGUACCUUUUGAAAAGGUACCGUCCCCAGUGACAGCUUUUGUACCUUUAUUUCACAUCUACACGGACCUUGCUUCAUUUGUUUUUGGAGGUUCUGUUUGUCUUAGAGGUCAUGGCAGCUAAAUCUAAAUAUGUUACCAAGCAUAUAUGUGUGAAAAUCACAUUUUUGGAUUUAAUUUCAUAAAUAAUCGUGUAAUCCGUCUUAAAACUGAGGUUUAAAUUAAGUCAUUUCUGCUCCACUGGUACCGAACAGAACUGCACAAAGAUGUGACUGUUACUACAUUUGCUUUGUGAUGCUGAAUGCAAUGAAUUGAUGAAUCAUUUUCUGCACUGUAUAUGUACAGUGCGUUGCCCUGCAUAUACUAAUGUAUAAUUAGAAUUAAAAGUGAUUUCCUUUUCUAAAUGUACAUACACAUCUUAUGACAGGUGAAUUGAUGUAAUUGCUUAAAAUAUAUUGUUUACUUUGACUUACAAAAUAGCUAUUGAUUUAAAAAAAAAUAAAAAAGCUGGAUCUGAAUCAAUAAAUAAAAAAUCACGUGA